GUCAGUGUUUAGGUGUUUAUUACAGAAAGUUUGUUUCCUGAAAAAAAUUAAAGCAAAUUUGAAUUUUUCAGCUAUCAACUUCAUUUGUAGAAGGCACUCAGUACAAUGGGUAAAGGUUUUAAUAAUUACAUGUGCAAAAAGUUUUUUCAUCCUGCGUCCAGGGAUAACCUGAAACGAGUAUGGAUGGCUGAACAGCAGGCGGAUGCGUACAAAAAAAAGCAGGAAGAACUUCGCAACCAGUAUGAAAAGGAACAGGAAUUGCACGAUAACAAAGCAAUGCUCAGCAAGGAAAGUAAAGACAAGCUGAGUGUUAACUUCAUGUACGAACUACCUCCUGGAAUGAAAAAGGAACCGGAAAAGGAAACGACUGAGGAAGCAGAGUACAAAUUUGAAUGGCAGCGAAAAUACAAUGCUCCGCGUGAAAGCUACUGCAAGGGUGAUACCGAGAUUCGAGAUCAGCCAUUUGGUAUUCAAGUACGCAACGUUCGCUGCAUAAAAUGUCAUAAAUGGGGUCACAUCAAUACCGACAAAGAGUGCACAAUGUACAGUCUCUCGAUGAGUGAGGCCAAAAAGAUUCAUUCCGAAGCGGAAGCUAACCAGAUCCUUUCCAAAAAUGACCUCGAGCAAGGCCUUCGCGAGGACGGUCUUGCCAUGAAGAGAAGUGCCAAAGAACUGGCAACCUCUCAUCAACUCAUCGACGAACCUGGACUAGACAAGAUUCAAACGGAGACAGAUUUUCUUAGGUCAUUAACCACUAAACAAAAGAAAAAGCUGUUGAAAAAGCUAGAAAAAAUAGAAAAGCGCCAUAAAACCGAAAAGAAGCAUAGGAAGAAAAAACGUUCUUCAAGUAGUUCCUCAGACUGCUCUUCCGAAGAUGAAGUUGAAAAGCGCUCAAGAAAAAAAUCAAAGAAAAAUUACCGUAAAAACUACUCGUAUUCCUCUGAAUCUGAUGACGAUCGGCGAAAGUUGAACAAUGGAAAAAUUAGAAAGCGCUCUCGUUCGCCACAUGUCAAUCGUUAUUACAGUAAUAGUUCUAAAAGAGAUCGCUCUAGAAGCCCCAAACCUGACAGAAAAAGACAUUAACUCAUAAAACAACUAUAUCUUGCUUGUCAUUUUUGGAAUAUCAGUUUAAUAUAUCCACCAAACAAUAACAUGAUAAAAAUUAACUACUAAACCUGUGUAUCAGAAAUUUUAUUCGGUAAAACAUCAAUUACUGUAGUGAAUUUCGUUUUAA